CCGCUUCUUAAUAGGCUAUAUGCACACUCACUUCCGCAUUCCAAGUCGGCCAGCCAGGUUACAUCCGGCGUCGACGGCGCACAUAGCGUCAAUAACAACUAUGGCAUUUUUCACUCGGUCCCUUCAAGAUGUCCCAAAGGUAACGGUCAACGACGUGAGUCGAAUCAUACAAAAGUUAUGUCACACUUCGACAACCAAGAAAGAGAAGGGCUUCAAAUUGUAUGUGUCAAGCUACAUCCACAAUUUUGAAGAUUGUGCUUGGGGAUGACCGUCCUGUGCAGCUACAAAGCUGCCAGUGUACCUGUGUGGCAGGUACAGCUGUGUGUAAUCAUGUGGCAGCACUGUUGUACCAGACUGCACAUUAUUGCCAGCUUAGCAUCACCUCUGUUCCCCCAACACACAGCUGCACAGAGACUGAACAGAAGUGGCAUAAGCCAAGAUCCAUGGUAACUAAUGUUUUUAACAGGGGUGUUAAACCUGGUCUUGUAAAUGACAUGGUGAUUCUUUCAGCCAGACCCAAGGAACGAAAACUGAUGGAAGGCAUUAGGAGCAACUUGUAUAAGGGUGUUAGUUCAGCUCUGCCUGAACUUUCCACACUCAGGGUGGAUGAAGUCUACCAUGAUGUUCCAAGUGAUGUGGCUCCACUGAUAACAACUAUGGCUAUGGACAUUAAUGUUCCUCUGGUUGACUCUGCAUUUGGAAAAGUGCAAGAAGGAAGUGUGUUAUCCUAUCAUAUGCCAGCAAAAAGAGUUCCAAAAACCUGUCCCCACACAGAUGCUCCUUCUCCCCCACAGCUGCCACUUCAGGGUUACAGGCUGGGACCCUCUACCUGCUCUUUUGUCUGCACUGAACAUCAGCAGCACCACAUGAUGUCCCUGGAAACAACAUUAGAGAACGCACACAAAAUUGCCAACAGCACAAAAGAGCAGAGUUCCUGCAUCGAGUGGCACCAACUGAGGCGGCCCCGCAUCACCUCCUCCAAGUUCAGAGAGGUAUGUCACACCAGGGCACAGAGCUCUGCUGAAAAUCUUGCCAAAAGACUUCUGAGACCUAGCCAUCAGACUGCCGACAUGAGGAGGGGGCUUGACAUGGAACCUGCAGCAGUAGAGGAGUACUGCAGAGUAAGGGAGGUUAACCACUAUCCCUGCGGCUUUCUUAUCCACCCUGAUGCACCCUGGAUGGGGUCAUCACCUGAUGGCAUUGUGUACGAUCCAAAGGGGCAGACAGUGUUUGGCCUUGUUGAAAUUAAAUGCCCCAAUGUUGCAAGCUAUGUUGACUGCCCAUAUAUUAAGAUCAGUGAGGGCACACACACAUUAAGGAAAUCUCAUUCCUACUUUUGGCAAAUCCAGGGCCAGAUGUUGAUUUCUGGUUUAGACUGGUGUGACUUUGUUGUCUACACACAGGAGGACAUGUUUAUUCAGAGGAUUCCCAGAGACAAUGAAAUCACCAAAAACAAUGAAAGUUAAAAAAUGUUUUUUUAUUUUUAUUGUUACCUCUUUGCUUCCCUAAAUAAUUAGAUUCUGAUUGCCUGUCACACUUCUUUAUAGAGUGCUGUUAAUUUCUCUUUUCUCCAUUUCUCUUACUGGCAGUAACUCUUAUUAGUUCAAUCCAUUUCAAAAUAUUUAUACAUAUAUUGAUUCAAGUUUUUAUAUUUUUUCUUAAUUGUAUUACUAUGUUUCUUGUUGUAUUAAUACUAAUCUAUUAUUAAAUUACAUGUUACAUGUUCUUCCGAUUAAUUUUUUUGAUAAUUGGUUACCUAAAAAUAGUAUUUUAUAACUGUUGUUUGUAAAUUGGGAGCCCUAAAUAAAUGUUAUUCAGUAAAUAAUUCACUGUGCAUGAAAGUAUUAUUCUUAUAUUACAGAUGGCUUAAAAGCACUGGUGAGGUAAAGUACAUAUAACAUGCAAAUAAUUCAGUAGUUCUUUAUUCAAAGAGUAUGUGCAAUGUACAGCAGUGCAUACAUAACAUUAACUAUAAAAUUCAAUUUAUACAAAGUAAUUUACAAAGGUACAUUUAAAGAAAGUAGUUAUACAAAUGGUCAUAGGUUAUUAAUUU